CCCCCACUCUCUCUCUCUCUAAAAAUAAAUAAAAAAUCUUAAAAAAAGAAAGUGAGUAGUCUAGCAAAAGUUUUUGAAAUUGAGCAUUUUAUCGCGCUUAUCUGUUAUGAUCAUCAGAGAGCAAGGUCUGUGUCUUCUGUUCCAGUGUCUGGGACACAGCAUGCACUUGAUUAAUUAAAAAUAACAGCCAACAGCAACCACAACACUAAGACUAGCAGCCAGCACUUACCGAGCUCUGACCACGCGCUGGGUACUUGACGUUGGAUAAUAUCUCCAUGGCCAGACAGCCCUAGGAACCCACGCUGUCAGCAUGCCUCCCUGUCAUCCAGGCGUGAGGACAUGGACACAGAGGUCCCAGAGCUUCUACCUUCAAGACCAGAUCCUGAACCCAGACAGGCUAUCUCCUACCUGUGCGAUUUGCCUGGAGGAGAAAUCACUGAAGGGUGACCUGAAGCAAGUCAUCGCGAGUGGGUGUCGAUAAUAGUGAAACCAACACAUUGUCUUCUGCCUUCCAGAAAAAGCUCCCUCUGACCGCUCUCGCGCAGAACAUGCAAGAAGCGUCUACUCAGCUGGAAGAGUCUCUGCUGCGGAAGAUGCUGGAGACGUGUGGCGAUGCUGAGAAUCAGCUGGCUCUAGAACUUACUCAGCAUGAAGUCUUUGUUGAGAGAGAGAUUGUGGAACCUCUGUGCAGCAUAGCAGAGGUGGAGAUUCCCAACAUCCAAAAACAGAAGAAGCAGCUCGCCAAAUUGGUGUUAGACUGGGAUUCGGUCAGAGCCAGGUGGAACCAGGCUCACAAAUCUUCAGGAACCAACUUCCAGGGGCUUCCGUCAAAAAUAGAUACCCUAAAGGAAGAGAUGGAUGAAGCUGGAAAUAAAGUAGAACUGUGCAAGGAUCAGCUUGCAGCAGAUAUGUACAACUUUAUGGCCAAAGAAGGGGAGUAUGGCAAAUUCUUUGUUACGUUAUUAGAAGCCCAAGCAGAUUACCAUAGAAAAGCAUUAGCAGUCUUAGAAAAGGCCCUUCCCGAAAUGCGAGCCCAUCAAGAUAAGUGGGCGGAAAAGCCAGCCUUUGGGACGCCUUUGGAAGAACACCUAAAGCGGAGCGGCCGUGAGAUCGCCCUGCCCAUCGAAGCCUGCGUCAUGCUGCUCCUGGAGACGGGCAUGAAGGAGGAGGGCCUUUUCCGAAUUGGGGCUGGGGCCUCCAAGUUAAAGAAACUGAAAGCUGCUUUAGACUGUUCUACUUCCCACCUGGGUGCUUUAAAGUCCUAUUUACGGGAACUGCCUGAACCUUUGAUGACUUUUAAUCUGUAUGAAGAAUGGACACAAGUUGCAAGCGUGCAGGAUCAAGACAAAAAACUUCAGGAUUUAUGGAGAACAUGCCAAAAGUUGCCACCACAAAAUUUUGUUAACUUUAGGUAUUUAAUCAAGUUCCUUGCAAAGCUUGCUCAGACCAGCGACGUCAAUAAAAUGACUCCCAGCAACAUUGCGAUUGUGUUAGGCCCGAACUUAUUAUGGGCCAAAACUGAGGGAACCCUGGCUGAAAUGGCAGCAGCCACCUCUGUCCAUGUAGUUGCAGUCAUCGAGCCCAUCAUUCAGCACGCGGACUGGUUCUUCCCUGAAGAGGUGGAAUUCAACGUAUCAGAAGCAUUCGUGCCUCUCGUCACCCCAAAUUCCAAUCACUCAUCUCACACUGGAAAUGACUCUGACUCAGGGACCCUCGAGAGGAAGCGGCCUGCCAGCAUGGCGGUCAUGGAAGGGGACUUGGUGAAGAAGGAGAGCUUUGGUGUGAAGCUUAUGGACUUCCAGGCCCACCGGCAGGGUGGCACUCUAACUAGAAAGCACAUAUCCCCAGCUUUCCAGCCGCCACUCCCGCCCACAGAUGGCAGCACCUUGGCUCCUGCAGGCCCAGAGCCCUCUCCCCAGAGCUCUAAGGCUGAAAGCAGCGCAGGGGGUGGGACAGUCCCCUCCUCUGCGGGCAUACUGGAGCAGGGGCCAAGCCCGGGCGACAGUCCUCCAAGACCCAAGGACACCACACCUGCCCCUGCCCCGGGGAGAAACAGCAGUCAGAUGGCCGCCAGCCAGAACCAGGCCCCCAUGGCGGCUGCCUCCCAUCAGCUCUCCGUCGGCCCGGGGCACAAUUCUGCAGGCCCUAGCCCGCACACUCUGCGCCGAGGUAAGAAGCCACCUUUACUCCUUCCCCUUAGGGAGGGAUGUGCAGACUUCCUUGGGUUAGCGCAGGGAUUCACAUUGCAAGGCUUUCCAACAGAUCGUCUCCAUGUCUGUUAUAAAAUGGUAAGUGAGAGAGGAACCUGCAUGGCUUCGUGGGAGGAGCACAUGACUCUUGAUCUUGGAGUGAUAAGUUCAAGCCCCACGUUGGGUGUAAAGAGUACUUUAAAAAAAAAUCUUUAAAAAAAUGGCAAGCAGAAAAAUCAGUCAUUUAAGAGCAAAAUCAUUAAAAAGAAAUGAAAUAAUGGAGAGCAGAAAAGCAGGCAUUUAAGAAUAUGUUUAAGCCACAAAGCCUAGCAAACAAAAAGUUGCUUCUCAGAAACAACACUCCCAGUUUUCCAGGAAUCUGGCAUUCCAAGCUCUCCCUCUGCUUGGAAACCUCUGUUGUAGCCAGGCACUACAGGUCUGCAAGCCGCUGCAGCCUCUAGAUUGAGGUCAGGGCUUUCUGGGUCCUGACUGACGGCGUAUAAUCUGAAUCGUGCCCACCCAUAUCCCUCAACCUCCACCCAGCAGUUAGGGGGGUUGUGCUAAAACACAGCAGAUCAUGUCAUCGCUCUGUUGAAACUCUCCAAUGGCUUCUGUGCAGACCUCCCCCGUGGGCCCUGUGUAGUUGGGCCUGCCUUUGGGGCCCCCGCACUUACCACUCCCCUUUCUCACCAACCUUCAGUG